UUUGUAGCUGAUUUUGGCUCUGCUUGUGAAUAUUCUCCGGCCAAUUCCUUUGUUGGGACUCCAUUUUGGAUGGCACCGGAGGUUAUAAUGGCUAUGGACGAGGGUCAGUACGAUGGUAAAGUGGACGUUUGGUCUAUCGGCAUCACUUGCAUUGAAAUGGCGGAAAGAAAACCGCCAUUGUUUCACAUGAACGCUAUGGCUGCCAUGUAUCACAUAGCUCAGAAGGACCCACCCACCAUACAGGAGCCGCAAAACUGGUCCGACUUAUUUCGAGAUUUUAUAAGUCGUUGUCUUCAGAAAGAACCAGAAGACAGAAUAGACUCAACUGAAGCCCUUGCACAUCGAUUCAUUAAUCUCCCGAGAAGUGGUGACAUUGUUUUCAAGUUGAUCCAAAGGACCAAAGACGCUGUGCGUAGAGUCGAUCAUAGGAACUUCAAGAGACUCCAGAAGAUGCUAAUGGGAGAGGAGGACUCGGAAAUAGAAGUUGAUGAAAUUGAGAGCGAACCACCCAG